AUGGAUGUACCGUCGUCAUCGACGUGCUCACUGGAUAUUCAGGAUGGAACUGCUGAUGGCGCUCCCACCCAUUUUCUCAUGGAGCUCGUCACUUUAGAUCACCUAAUGAUGACUUCGAGUUCCUCCAAGAGGUCAAAGCUGACGUGCCUCGCUGUGUCACCUCAGUUUUUGAUUCUGGGUUCGUCUACCGGCGGUGUUUCUGUCUAUGGUCGCUACUCCUCUUCUCGGAAGCGUCUUAAUGCUCCAAGCGGUCCCCUCCAUUUUAUUAACACCAAGAACGGCCCCGUUAGCGCGCUGUGCGUCGCUCCAAGGGAAGGUCUCAUAGCAGUUGGAAGUGACAGCGGACGAGUUCAUGCAAUAGAAUUCUCUACAUCUCCAUCUCCUGUGAAACAUCUGUUGACACGAGACACAAGAAGACUGAAAAAAGUCACCAAUUUGAUGUGGUCUACGGACUCUAAAAGGCUAUAUUCUGGUCACGAAAAUGGGACUGUCAUGGUACAUUAUUUGGAUGCGAAAUAUCUCUUCCGAUCCACUUGUGCCGUUGUCGCAACGUUUGAUGAGGGGCGAAUCGUUCAACUGGACGUGAAUGGAUCGAAUGUAUUGGUUUCCACUCAAAUUGCAUCAUAUAUCUGCAAUGUUGAUGAGAAAACAGUCGUUCAAGUGGGGAAAAAACCGCGAAAUGGGAUAAUGGGUGCUUGUUUUAUCUCUCCAGUACAGGAACAGUAUCCAGCUGCUCGACAGGACCUCUUUAUUCUGGCAGCGCGGCCGAACGGACGGGUAUGGGAGGCAAAUACUGUUGGAGUUGUUUACAGGACUCACCAACUUCGUGAGAAUCUCAUGUUUCCACGACCUCCUAUCGUUUCUUGUCGUAACGACUACAUGUGCGCUCAAAGGAAAGUCGAUAGAGCUGUUGGUGCGGGAAGUGAUGCGAUUACUCUCAGUGUAUUACAACAUAUCGUCGUUGAUGGGUGA